ACACAUGGCUGGCUGUCCGGUACCUUCGGUGCGUGGCUUUGCUGUGAAAGUGUUUUCUUCUCUCACUCUCGCCCACCCACCCUGUCUUGUCGGCAGUGACGGGCUGUUUUGCUGACACGGAGGCCAUCAUCUGUAAGGACAUACAGACAUACAGACGUACAUACAUAACGCAUAUGUCGUCGGAGUGAUGUCUGUCUGCAUGGUUCAUGUCGCCUGCGUGUGGCCCCCUCCCCCCCUCUCUCUCUCCCCCGCAUGGACUUGUGUGUGAGUGCUUCAUGUUUUGUGGCAUGUGUGACGCGGAAGUCUCUGUGAGCGUGUCGUGUGGGACGGAGUCGAUGCUGAUAUGUCGUCCUGCCUUUGCCUUUUAUCCAGUCAGAUGGUUUAAGAUGAUGCCUGUCGGUCUUGCAUAUCUCUGCCUUCUGCCUUCCUGCCUGUCUGCACGUGUGCGACCCAGCUGCCAAUGGGCACCUUGCAUGUCGUCUUGGUUGGCCCUCCUACGCAUAAUGACUGACUGAAUGAAGGACUUGUAUUGUGUUGCGUCGUGUGGUGUGGUGUGGCGUUGGGUGGGGCGGGCCGGAUUGAUUGACUGAUUGAUCAGGUGCACGUGCCUGCCUUCACGUGUGCGACUUACUGACCAAACAGACAGACAGACAGACUGACUGACAGGCAGUGACUGGUUGCUUCAGAGCGACCUUUGUGGCCGUGUGUCGCUCACUCACCGAUGAGUGGCGGCUGGAUAUCCAUCAUGCAGUCCGUCUGUAUUGUUCUGAUGCAGUCAGCGGUGCGGUUCGUGGCUGCCUGCGAUGGAAUCACUGUCUGUGUUCAUGUGCACGAGUGCGGGUGGGUGUGGGCCUGUGACGCGACGUGACGCGACGUGGUGUGGUGUGGCACGGCAGAGGGGCGUUUGUGUGAGAGAGACCUUAGUGUGUAUGCGCUGCCUGUCUGCCACCGAUUCUUUCAAGCUUGUGUGUGGCGUCUGCCGGUGUGAUGUGACUGGUGUGAUGUGACAUCUCUGUCGUGCUGUGUGGUGGCUGCCUCCCUGCCUCCCUGCCUGUGCAUCGCUCUCUUUUUGGUCGCCCGUCUUUUGCUCUAUGGUGCCAUGACAGACAGACAGACGAACAUACAAACAGACAGACAGACAGACAAACAGAGAGGGAGACAGCCAGACGGACGGAAUGCGCGUGUGGCUGGUUGCUUGAGCGACCUGUGUGAAAAGUGGGGCGGAUUGAUUGAUCGUGGUGCUUCAUGACAUGCACUCGUUUCGUGCCUGUCUGCCUGUCUGCCUGUGUGCGACACUGUCGAUCGUCAAGCGUCCUUUUGUCUGUCACAGACAGGCAGCGGCUGAGAGCGAGAGGGGAGAGGAGUGGAAGGGAUGCUCGUGUGUCGCACUCACCGAUGAGUGGCGGAUGGAUAUCGAUGGACCGGUCUGUAUUGUGUUGAUGCAGUGGAUCUUGCGUACCUGCCUGCGAUGGAAUGAAUGUGUUCAUGUGUGUGUGAGUGAGUGCGUGUGUGGGCGCGUGACAGCGACGUGAGUGCGGGCAAGUCCUUCCCACUUUUGUGGCAGCCAUGACCCUGUGAGCGUCACCCUCUCUCUCCCUCUGUGCACGUGCUUCUUGGUUGGGUGUGCGUGGGGGCUGAGCCUGGCCGAGCCUGGCCGAGCCCGUGUGUGUGCUCUCCGCUACCCCCCAGCGACGCUCAAACACAACAGUACCCAACAGACGUUCUGCUUGUCCGUGUCGUGUCGUCUUGCCUCUGCCUUUUAUUCGGUUAUGACGUUUCAAGAUGCAUGACGUGGGCCACUGUGUUGCGCGUGUGAUGACUUGGCGGGGUGUGGUGUGCCGAGGACACAGUCAUUUCUUUGCCUUUUUCCUUUGUAUGCCUUCCUGUCUGCCCGGCCCUCUCUGUGUUACUCUGUUGCCAGGCACCCACUCCCUCACGCGCACACGUGGCUCAAUCGUCCAGCGCCUCUCUCUCUAUUAUCUCUAUCUGAGAGUGCAUGUGGGUUGUCCGCAGCCAUAAGCGGAAACAUUUCUGAGUCUGACUGUGCGAUUGAUGUGUCCACCCCCCUCCCCCCUCCUCCCUCCCUCUCUGCACGUCUGCGUGGUGUGCGCCGAUUUUCGUAAAGUGUGGAUGGACGGAUGGAUGGAUGGAUGGAUGGACGGGUGCCUAGAGCACGUCACGGAGUGUGGGUGUGAGGUGAAGUGCGGUUCGUGUGGAACACUCGAGGCGAGGGUGAUGCGAUGCGACACGUGACUCGAUGGAUGUGUUGGCGAGACGAGGUCACUGGCUAGGUCACUGGCGCACAAAAGGUCUUGGUUCCACACAAGGGUCGCUGACCCGACCACUCACAUGAACAGACAGGUAGAGAGGGAUAUGUAUAUAUAGAGAGAGGGGGAGAGAGAGAUGGGCGUGUCGGCGCAUUUUGUGCAUAAACAAGACGAUGAGUUCAACACACAAAACUGUCCUUCAGUCACCUUUGCACUCGAUCUCUAUGGGCUCGUCCCAUCGCACCUCAGCGCAUCACCACCAUGGCAGCUUGAAUGGCAGCAGGCAGGCAUGCCCAUUCACAUUCGGCUGUCCCCCGAAUAUGAUGGCCUCGAGUUAGGGGAGACUGUCGACGUAUAAUGCUGCGUCUUGCAAAAUUUUGACGAUUCCAUGGGCGACGAUGCGCGACAUGGCGAAUGAGGUGGCUCCCAGAGUCAACUGGCUGCGCCAAGAGGAGCUGAUCAACGGUGCCGUCUCAAGUUCGUCGCAUUGCCAAAUGCAGUGGAGCCCCUCAAUCACUCAGUCUGUGGCGUCGGCUGCGCAACGGCAGCUGAGCAAGACACACAUGGUGAAGGGCUUUCUCCUCCUCGCCCUUCUCGUGGCGCCCGCAUGCACUCAGUGCCCAUCUGUCAGCAACUCCACUGCUAUUAAUUGUCCUUCCCGCCUACUGGAAGUGGCCGCCGGUUCCCGCAGGCAGCCUAUGAUUGGAGGCUAUGGCGACAGUGCGGACGACAUCCAUGGGCAGCUUGUCGGCCAGAGCAGGUGGCGUGAGAUAGAGGGAAGAAUGGAUGCGGGCGAGAAACUGCCGCCCUGCCAGACGAGGCAGGCGGAGGUUUUUUCGCUGCGACUGACCCGCAACGACAAGCGGCUGCCAUGGAGCUGGCACGAUGAUGCUCAGGGCGCCAAUGCCGAGGUGCUGGAUGCAGAAGACCACCCACCCUUCCUGAGGCAGAUGUACGCAUGCACUUAAUAUACUCCGGACACUGCUCAGUCUUGUUGUUUGUGUCUCUGGCUCAUGCCAGCACCGACCCGCACACGGGCCGGGAGGUCUCUUGGCUGGGCUUCGGUCCAGGUCGCUACCUUGUGACGCCACCUAAUGGAGACCGCCGAGUCUGCUAUCGCUGGGCAGAGAGCCAAAACGAAGGAUUCACCUCCGCAAUCCUCAUCGCUUUCGACCAUCCUCCACCGCCUGGGAAGCCCAUCGUCUUUCUCGACACAUGGUUCGGCUUCCGUCUCGGCGCGUCCGCCGCCUAUGACUAUGAGCAUGUCCAAGGCCAUUCCGACAGUCGGGAGCUGGAUGUGGACCCGGAUGCGAUCAACUUGGGGCUGAUCGACCUACAAGCGAGAGAGCAAGACACGCCAUUGGAGGAGGCUGGCAGCAAAGGGAGUCAGCCACAAGGGCACGCUCCGCCUGCCGCCGGGAUGGUGCGGACGUGCUGGCGGUCGGCCGCGGGCUUCGUCUAUCACUUUGUCAUGUCGCAGUCGACUUUGCAGAUCUUCAAGAUGGGCAAGAUGAUCGGAGAGGUAGCUGUGCCAGCGGCCAUUGCGACCAACAUGCUGACACCGAGCCCUCUAUCGCUGGGAUGCGACCACAGGGGCAGUAACUGUUUGAAAGGGAGGGUGAGGUAUAUGCAUUAUGUCAACUCGGGCACUCUGACCUCCGACAUGAGCGGCGCCGCGCAACAAGUCGCCGACAAUAGUGUCUUCUUUCGUCCUGUGUCAAUUGGAUCGACAGAGAAGUGUCCUCCCUACGCGCAGGUGCUAUUGGCUAACGGCGAUCCUGUUGAGGCCUACGUCGGCAAGCCAGCCGAGCGACCGAGCAUCACUCACGCUGCCAAAUAUCUCCGGCGGGCGAUGCCUCACGGCUCGUUGCUGAGUCUCAGGUGUGUGACCGAGGGCGCCAACCUGACGUACCACGGGAGUGGCGUGGAAGAGGACACCAUCAAGUGCGGCGCCGUCAAGAGCGGAGAGUGGCCCGCAAGGAUACUCGAGUGCAUGAGUAAGCCAGUAUUCAUAUGCCAACUCAGACGCGAUGGAUCGAUGGAUAUUUGCCGGCUGUCUGUGUCUGCAGAGGACUGCGACCCGACCAAUGCCACAUGGUGGAAUGAUACCGACUUGGGUGGUGCCGCUGUCAACCCUCGGUACAAGCUCGUCUCCCCCCGGCGCGCCACGAGACUGCGACACGGCGAGAGAGUCCAAAUGCAGUGCGGCCCGGGCUAUCUGCCACCCGUCAAUCUCCCCUCCGAGACCACCCUCUGGUGCAACGACGGCCACCUCGAUCAGCUGGAUCUGCCAUGCAAAGGUGUGCUAGGGAGGAAAGGUCCAAACAUUUUGAUUGUUUAUUGUGUCGUUGUCUCACUCAUGUCUGCCUGUAGAUAUGUGCCCUUCGUUGAUCCUGGCGCCGCCCGACUACACUCAGCCUCUUUCCCGUGUGCGCUAUCGUGUCACGGGUGGCGAGCAGGGGCGCCCAGAAGGCGCCACCCGCACCAUCCGAUGUGCCGAGGACUACCGCCCCUCAACGACUAGCGGGUACAAGCAAGAUUCCCAGGUCAUCUACUGCCGCCAAGGAAACUGGACGGAUGUGGCGCUCCAGUGCAUCGGGAGCUGCGGCCAGUUCCGGUUCCCUACACAUGUCGACGCCACACGCUAUGUGACCGACCCGCCAUACGGCGAGGUCGCCACAGGUGCGUCAGUGACGGUGUCGUGUGCUGCGGGGUUUGUGCCGAGGAAAGGGCAGAAGGCUUCUGAGCGACUCGACUGCGUGUGCUUCGGCAAGAAGGACCAGUGCGACGAUGCCCACCGCUGGAGGUACACCGAGCCGCGCCUCGACUGCAAAGCCUCGUGUGGACGCCAUCCCUUCGACACCAACACCACGGACCUCUACACGGUCGACUACGGCAACACAGUGCAGUCAGUCAGUCACAAGCAUGCAGCCCCCACUGUGCCCUACCUGUCGGAGGUGCGCAUCACAUGCAACGCCACGGCUGGGUAUGGUGUGCGUUACGGUCUCGAAGAAGCAGUCACGUCCCAGUGCACUGGAGGAACCCGAGACAGCAGCGACCCGUACACAAGAGUGGACAUCCAGUGCUACAGUCAGAGGGGGGGGGGGAGGGGAUCACGGACAAAUGAGCGGGCACAGGAGACACAAGCUGUUUCUCUUUGAAUGCACGCUGUCCUUGCAGGGAAGUGCCUGAGCCCUCCUGAGUCGAUGCUGCCGUCCGGCGAUGCCAGCAGGAAGUAUUUGCUGACGUACACGGGAGGUGCGCCGCGGACGGUGCCUUUCCUGCACGGCAGCUCCGUGGCUCUCUCCUGCGCAGCUAACGCCCACAAGGCCACCGACCAGAUGGUCGACAAACAGACACUCGUGUGCAUGGACGGCAACUGGACUCAGCGGGCUCUCACCUGCAAAGGUAGGUAGGCAGGUACACUAGCAGACAGACAGACAGACAGUAUAAGCCGAGCAAAGCUUAGAAACAUGCUGCUGUCUGUCGUGGAUGUUUCAAUUUAUCGAUCAGCUGACUGCGGCCCUUGGACGCCGCUACCAACGACCCGUUUUCAGACGUUGCCCCCGCAAGAGGAGCUGGUGCAGAGUCCUUCCCAGCUUCAUGGCUUUAGGGUGCGUGUACAGUGCCAGCGAGACCGAUCCAAGGCUGCCGUCACAGACCGCGAGCUGCCCAACGAGGAACAGCACGUCACCUGCCUAGACGGGCAGUGGACCCCUCUGACGAUCCUCUGCAAAGGCAUGCACACACACAUGCACACACCCGCACACACAAGAACACAGAAGCAGAAUACAUCCGCAUGUGCUAUCUCAAGCGGCUCCCACCUGUUUGCAGUUCCAUGUGGGAAGCUUUCUUUGAAAGGGCCGUCGUCUCUGCUGACUACCGCCGGCCAGGGGGUGUCGUUCAGGUGGCCGGAGGGAGCUGUGCCCGAGCCGCGUGCAGUGAGCGACAUGUAUGUCCUCAGCAGUGAAUCGCCGCUAAGAAGUCCUUCGCCCCACGGCACUCGGGUGACGAUAGAGUGUGACACGGCCCAGCACUUCCAUCCCUUCGCCGGCCCCGACACAAAGGACAUCGUAUGCACCGACGGGCAUUGGAGCCAGCAGGACAUAAUAUGUGGACGUACGUACGUACACACAAAAAGGACCGACCUGGCACACCACACGGCGCUACAUAACAUACUGCACGGGCAGCACUGCACUGCACACAUGUGUCUCCUCUCUCUUUCCCUUCCACCUCUGUGUGCCUGUGGGUGCCUGCAGCUGACUGCCCCGUCUUCCCGUCCUUCGGCCCCCCAUCCUUCUACCACUACACCAGCCUGGUCCGCCGGGUCUCAUCCGUCGAUCGCGUCAUCGCACCCGAAGCCGCCAAGGCACCCUCCCUCGAAGCCCCAGUCGCUGUCAUCAGCCCAGUGGCCCAGGAAUUCUACCGCAAGGCUAGCUACCAGCCAUGCGGCGCAAAGCUGAGCGUCCAGUGCAACCAACAAGGGAACUUCGCCCCCAGGAUGGGUCCACGCCCAAUGCGAUCGAGACGGUGACGUGCGAUCGUGGACGGUGCGAAUUUAGAAAUGUGUCAGUUCUUGCACGUGUUGGUUACCCUUCAUUUCAGCAUCGUGGGCGGUGGCACUUUCGAGUAAGCGUCGAAUCGUGGGCGACAUACUAAGGUGGAGUCCCUCAUGUGUCUCCACAACGCCGCAGGUGUAUGGCGCCGUGUGGCCCCUACCCGAUUGAGAGGCUGUCUUUUCCUGAGCUCUACAGCAUAAGGCCUUUGUCGUCGGCGCCGCCGAGAGAGGAGGCGGGAGAGCCCGAGGAAGGGGGCGCUGAAGAGAGGCCCGCGCCACUUUUCGUGCAUGGCAGCCGGCUGCUGAUCAAGUGCGACACGGCCCAACGUGCCGCUGCGACGCCCAGAGAGCCCGGGCAGGUCUCUGCCGUGUGUGUCAAUGGGACAUGGUCUCCCGUCCCGCCACCCUUCAUCUGCUCACGUGAGCUGCGCCCACAGACAUCCAGACAGACAGACAGACAGGCAGGCAGGCACCUGUGGAUAUGUGUGUGUGUGCGUAUGUGUGUGUUGUGCUGUGUUGUAGAGGAGUGUGUGGCCCCGCAGCUGCCGGCCUCCUACGAGGUGAUGGGCACGGUCAAGUCCGCCUACAGGCACGGCGGGUGCAGAUCCGGUGCUUCACCGAGAGGUCCUUCUACAACGCCACCGAGAGCAGGCCAUCCAACCCACAGACCGCCACUAUCGUCUGUCAACACGGCCACUGGUCUGAGCCGAACCCACGACUCGAAUGCCGAAGUGGGCAAUCAAAGACAGCUGCAGACCGUGACCCCCCGCCUAUAUAUUUUGUGUCCGCUCAGAGUCGUGCCGCGACCUCUCAGAGGUUAUCGAUCACGACAGGUUUCCUUUCCGCCUUGUCUCUGAGCCUGAGGAACUGCAAGAGGACGCGGUAUGCGAAGGCGUCCCCCGGCCACGACCCACCGAGCCGCCAUCCACCACGCCUUUGCCGGAAAACGCCAGUGCUCUCGUCAAAGCCCUCGCCAUGAUACCCCCGAUGGAGCCCGACCCUGCCGCCACCCGCCCCAGGAUCGACUUCCUUCUGUCUGACUUCCCGCGGCACGGUUCGUGAACACACAUGAAAGGCGCCCGUUCCGUCUCGCUGUUUGUGCCUCCCUCUGAAUAUGCCGUGUGUCUGUCUCUGUGCAUGCCAUGCAAGGCAGGUUCGUGUGUGAUAUUCGGGUGUGCGGUGGGCGAGGGGGCAGAUGUGGAGUCAUUGCAAUGGCGGUCGGUGUCGUGUGCUGCGCCUGGGGACACGCGCGGCAACUGGAAGGAUGUGUUUGGGUCGAAUGACUGCACGACGCUGCGGUGCCUGGAUGGGCAAUGGACGCCGAGAGAGUUUGACUGUAAAGGUGAGAAGACGAUGUCAGGCAGGCUACACGAGCCUUGUACGCAUGAGAGAGAGUGUGUGUGUGCAUGUAGAUGACUGUCCUCCGCCCCUCAGCAAGAGGCACCUGCCGGGUGUGGUCUAUGUCGAGGAGCACAAAGACGUAUACAAACACGGAGAAGUCGAGUACCUCCAGUGUACAGGCUAUGAUAGGAUCGCCAGCGGCUUUGCGGCCCUCCCGCCCCACCCCACUGAUCACAUCGAGACCGUCACAUGCGACGCAGGGCGCUUUGAGGACGUCACCUUAAUUUGCAGAAGUGAGCGACCAAAUGAUACCGUCCUAAGAAAAUAUGCCAUUCAAGUGGCCACAUGGUGAUCAGAGCGGUGUCCCCCGUUCUUCCCCCCCUUUGCUCCACUCGAGGCGUAUGUGGUGUCUCCCACGCCUGUGUUCGACCCCGCCCUUCUCGACGCCGACCGCAGAGUGUUCCUCUACCAGCUGAACCCCGCUGAGGCGGACAUGAAAGCCAUGGCGGCUUUGGAGCCCCACUUCCGGCACAACAGUGGCCGGUGGAUAGAGUGCGCCAAAGGGUGGAGCGACCCCUCUUGGCCCGCGCCCCGCCCCGACUUUGUCGAGUGCUACAAUGGCACCUGGGCCCACCAGAUAAUCAGAUGCAGACGUACGUACGCAUGCACGAUAGAUAAAUCGAGAAAGGGAUAGAGAGACGACCGAAGACACCAACAAUCUAUCUAUCGGUACGCACUCAGGUCAGUGCCCGGGUGUGGCAUUCCACCUGCUCAAUCCGGCCUUGUACAAGGUCGAGUACAGCGGCCGCCGCCCAGAGCCCAAGAAGACGACCCGCCAGGCGUCCAGCGACCCGCUCGCAGACCUUAUCAACAGGCUGCUGCCCACCAAGCCCGGCGAGCCCAUCGACACCUCGCAGACCACGCAGAGAGAGCGAGACACGGCAUAUGUCUGGGGCGCCCUCAACCGCAGCCGUUUCUACGAGUGAGACAGACAAGGCGCCGCAUUCAAUUCACCGACCUGCAGCAUCUCCUAUGUGGCGCCGUGUGUGUGUGCAGCGACGGUGUGUUCAUGAAGAUCACGUGUUUGGAAGGUGACCUGACGCGGCCCAUCGUGGCCAUCAAGGCGGAGCAGCAGGCGGCCCGUGCAAGGGGCGAACAGUGGCUGCCCACUGAGCUCGAGGACUGCAGUGACCACCAGUGCGACGUCAUGUGCGCCAGGGGCACCUGGACGGAGCUCAAACACUACUGCCACCGUGAGUGAGCACGCCACACACCUUAUGGCACAUGAUGGAUGGACGAGCGCACACACGCACAUCCGUCCACGUGUCCUUCUCUGUAUGCCUGUAGGCCGUUGUCCGCCGUUCAUCCCCCCGGAGAGAUCCCGCAAGCAGUGCGACCCGCCAGAGCACUGCAAAGAACCGGAGGACCUCUCCACGGUAAGCGAGACAUACAUACCAUGAGCGAGGCACUGACAAUUCGACACAGCUUCCUGUCUCCCUCCGUUGGUCGGUCUCUGCCAGGAGGAGAGGAACAAUCCGUUCUUCUCCCCAGACGACGGUCUCUGGCGGCACGGCUCUACCUUUCUGCUCAAGUGCACCUCGCCAUUUUGUCCGCACCCUGCGCCGGAGAACUCGACUGUCCGAUGCAACGACGGGGAGUGGGAAAAGACCACACUCGAGUGCAGACGUACGCACAUCUCUGUGUGUGUGUGUGUGUAGCCAGACACGUGGACGCGCCUAUGUGUGUGUGUCAUGCAGGUCCUUGUCUGGCCAGGAUGGAUGUGCGUCUGUACCGGCCGGACGAGGAGGCCCUGCGCUACCAGGUGGCUGACGCCGAGGACAAUGUCCCGCCGACCGGGGAGGACACUCCACGCAUCGACGGCGAGACGGGCCAGCCACUGCCCCUGUACAUCCAUGGGUCACGGCAGCUAGUGUCGUGCAACACUACGGGCGGCUACCAGUCGGUGCUGCCACGCCCCGCCGACAUGACCGCCUGCCAGGACGGCGUGUGGACCCUCACCGCCAUCAUGUGCAGGCGCGACUGCCCGCCGAUUGCCGACUACUUCGCUGCCUUUGGGGAGAGUCAGGCGAGAUAUGUGGUGGAGGGCGGGGGCGACUCGACGCGCCACGGGACGGUGCUGCAGGUGUCGUGCGCACCGCGGCACUCGCCUGUCGAGGGAGAGGAGGCCGAGACCGUCGAGUGCAAUGACGGCACCUGGUGGCCGCUCAUACUCAGAUACAGAAGUGAGUGAGGGAGUGCGCGAGGCCAUCACACAUGAAAGGUAUUGGUUCGUUCGGUUAGAAAUGUGCGUGGACUAUAUUAAGUGGGCUUCGGCGCACGAUCCAUCCCUGCUCGACACGUCGCAGUAUUGGAUCCACCGGCCGCAGGAGCAUCUGGUCGACAAACUCAUGCCCGCCGGACGGUCCCUCACCGUCAUGUGUGCGCCCCUACACUCAUCAGUCAGUACGCAGCCACAGUACCAUCCAUCCAUCCAUCCCUGCAGGUGUGGGUGGAUGUGCGCAUCCGUCUGUGCAGUCCUUUCAGGUGGCAGGGAGCACCGCACUGGACCGUCAGCAGAUCCUGUGCGAAGACGGCGAGUACACCAAGCGACUCAUACACUGCGAAGGUAAGUAGGCACGUGGCGGGCGCGAGUGCGUGAGCCGGCCAAGGCACGGCACGCGCAACAAUCACAUGAUCUAUCCAUCUGCAUGUCCAUGGAUGUUUCACUCCCUUUCUCCCUCCCUCCCUUCUUCACAGCCAACUGCCCGGAGUACACCCCUGAGCAGGACUACGGCACCGACCCCGACUUCGGCGGAGGGCUUAUUGUGCAGGACGUCGGGGUGGGCCUCGACACCAUCUAUCACACACACUCCAUCCGCAACGGGGCCACAAGACGCAUCAAGUGCUGCCAGACCGGAGAACUGGCCUAUCAGCUCGGCUCGCUGCCGGAUGACGCCGAUACCAGCUGGUUGGAAAGCUCCAUCAAGUGCAGGUGGGGGAAAUCAAAGGGCGGGAUGGGUGCAGCGGAGUCGGCGACAAGGGGGGAUGGGAUGGCCUCUGUGUGUCAGGUGGAACUGGGCGUCUUACCUGGAUGAGCCGCCGUAUGAGGAUGAGGUGCGCUGCUACAACGGACAGUGGACCUUGCCAGCUCUACAGUGCUACCGUAAAAAAGAGAAAGAACACACUGCACCCCACCCCAACCACAUCAGAUGUCUCCUUGGCUGCCUUUGCGGUUCUGCCUUGUCUUUCUGUCUGGCUGCGCAGCCAUGUGUCUGCCUUUCGGCCAGGAGAUGGUGCACGCAUCCGGCAACAGCAGCGACUACCUCCACCCCGUCACUAAACACGUCCUCGGCCCCAUCAACGGCCUAGUGCCACCCGGUGCAGAGGCGCAGGUCCGGUGCGACAAGGGCUACCUUCCCGAGCCGCAGCAAGACCUCUGGAACACCAACCCCCCCGUGACGGUGAGGUGCACACGAGGCUACAUGACGGCCCCCUACGUCUGCAUCAAGACCUGCCCCAAGCCAUACCGGGAGAAGCCCAAGAUGGUGCGGUACAACAUCGGUGGCGGCGACAGUGCCGAGUACGAGGCCCUCACGUACGAGCAGCUGCUCGCCCACCGGCCCUGGAUCGUGCGGCACCGGGGCCGAUACUUUGCCUUUUGUUACACGCCUGACUGCCGGAGUGAGAAUGCGACAUCGCUCAAUGACACGAUAGCGUCGCGCUGGAAUGGGACGGGCCGUGUGGAGAAGGGCGACAUCGACAAGGACGAGCGCAUAUUGAGGAAACGGAAUGUCGUCGAAGUCAGGAAAUAUAUCUGGGGUUCGGUGGAUGGAUGGAGGGGCAGACAGACAGACAGACAGACAGACAGAGGAGCUCACUCACUUGCGAACCCUCUGAGGCCGGACACGCCCUUCAGGUGUCUCUCUCUCUCUCUCUCUCUCUCCCCCUCCUCUGUCGGUGUGUAUGUCUGUGUGUUGCAGGGUGCUUGAACAGGCGGAGGUCGGUGACGACCUUCGAUUAUUACAACGCGUGGCAAUGGGCGACGACCGCCGGAGUGGCGGCAGCGGGUCUGGCAUCUGCUUUCGUGUUCCCGCCAGCUGCUAUCGUGACGGGAGUAUUGUUGGGGCUCGGGGUUAUCGACUUUGGCAGCAGCCUGCAGUACCUACUGGACCAGACAGACAGACAGACAGACAGACAGAAACACAGACCACAAGAGUGCUCGAGAGGCUGGCUGGCUGGUUCGUGUGUGUGUCUGCCUGCAGCAUCUAUUAUUUCAAGUGGUUUUGGCCCAAGGCCAUGCACAACGGUUUCGCGGCAAGGGUGUACGGGGAGUGGGGGGCCAAGCAGUACGAGUGCCUGUGGGGCGUGUGGGUGCCCCGCCCUGACGCCACACUCGAGUGUGAGCAAUCAAGGUUCCAGCAGACGUGCAUCGACGCACACACCACCGUAUGGACAAGGAAGAAACACGAAGUGAAACCGAGACACAGCACCAACACCGACACCAAGGCAGCACCACGAGGCGGCCGGGGCUGGCUCGCGGGGUUUGCCAGCUCCUUCCAAUCGCUUAGCGGCCGACUGCGGCUGAUGUCCAACAUAGCUAAUGACGUCGAAGGUCGAUCAAGUGGUGUCGGGUCACUUUUGACAGCGCUCUUAGAGCUUGUACUAGCUGGUGGUGGUGUGUCGAGGAGUGAGAGGGGCGGCGGGGAAGCAGUGAGAUUGGAUGGGCUGGAGCCGGUGUCUGCGGCUGAGGUGGAGGUGGGCGACCAGAUUCUCUCCUAUGGCUCGGGCCGGCCACGACUGACCGAGGUGCAUCACUGGGGUGCGUGGGGCGGAGACACGGAGGGGGGGGCCAUCCAUCUACCUGUCGGUGUGUGUGUGUGUGUGUGUGUGUGUGUGUGCUGGCAGGUUUAUUUCAGAGAGUCGUACCCAGGUACCCACACGAACAGACAUGGCUAAGGAGGAAAACACACUGUGUGUGACACCUGCAUGUAUGUGUCCGUGUCCGUCGUCGCAUACGGACCUUGACCGAUCGCAGCCCAGCCGACGCGUGUCAUCGACAUUGACGUGGCCACCACACCCUGCCCAUCGGGAGCAUCGACUUCGUCAUCGCUCCGGCUCUCGCCCUCACACCGUCUUCCCGUCUUCAGGCAGCAGCAGCAGCACGGGAGACACAGGCCACUGGUGCGCCGAGUGGUGAGGGCUGACGAGGUGCGACUGGGGGACAUGCUUGCCACCGUCGUGGCGCACACUGCCCCACCCCGCCACACAGGCCUCUAUUGUGCCAGCCACGAGACAGGGAGGGCCAGGGGCGACAAUGUGACGAUGGGACUGGAGGGGGAGGGGGGCGUGUUUGCUCAUAGCUAUGGAAGGGUCACCGGUGUGAGGGGCGCUACCAAGGUAUGGUAGCGACGGGAAGCAGCUGCCAGAGGCCUGUCUUGUCCCUGGCUGUGUCCCCGGCUGUGUCUCUAUGUGUGUGUGUGGUCUGUCUGUCUCAGCGCUGUGGUCUGGAGCUGUUGUACAUGUUGGAUUCCCACAUGGUGGCAAAUGGCCUGGUCAUCACCGACAGCGACGAGCCAAUGGACGCACACAUGCCUUACACGUACCUCUCAAACCUCGACACACGGUGGGGUGGGCGGGCACCUUCUCCUCUCCAUCCAUCCAUCUCUUACGGCUCCAGUCUGGCUGUCUGUGUGUGUGGAUGCAGGAUGGUGUAUUGGCUGUUCGGUGCGGCGGGCGGGGUCAACUCCUCCAUCUUUAGAGCAUACUGGAGGUCUGUAUGUGUUCAGGUGAUGGACUCCAUGUUGCUUGGCUUGCUCGUGUGUGUGUGUGUGUGUGCAGGUGGAGUGUUGGGCGGAGCGACUUUGUGCAGAGCAUCGUCAUGAGGCGAUGGAUGGACAAAUGAAUGAAUGGAACGGCGGCGACUGGACUCCCUCCCUCCCUCCCUCCCUCACUGUAUGGUGGCCCGCCUAGUGCCAGAGAAGUAGCUGUGCCAUCCAUCUGUGUCAUCUACCAGACUUUGAGACUCUGUUAGGCUUGUUUCGUGUUUGUGGCGUCCCCGGUAGACCUCUGUACCGCCGGCCAAAUGGGAUGGCUCGACUUCGAAAUAUAUGUAUCGACGGG